UUUCUAUAAAUGUAUGCGCCUUCGCGUCUCCAUUAUUUACACACCACCAUAUCUUCUCCAACCCCACCAAAAUAACCAAAAAUGCACCAAAUACUCUCAGCUCUGUUCUUCACGACCCUCUUAACGUCCAUAUCCUCCUGCUUCUGCAGUUACCCACUUGAUCAUGGAUAUGAUGAUCUCUUCUUCUCCUCCAAUGAUGGAACCAUGCUCCGUAACCACGGUUUCAGAGAGAAAACACGUGAUCUCCACGUGCCAGGAUCGUACAAAUACAGGGAAAACGUCAGACCCAUGAAAUAUCAUCGCCGCCAUGGAAAUGCCCCAAAAUCUUCUCCUCAAGUUUUCAACGUCGAUGAUUUUGGAGCUAGGGCUAACGGCGCCGACGAUUCUCAUGCAUUCAAGAAAGCUUGGGAUGCAGCAUGCUCGUCGUCCACAAGGACAGUGUUCUACGUGGUUCCUAGGAACAGGGUUUAUCAUCUUAAACCGGUUAAGUUCUCCGGUCCAUGCAGAUCACAAGUCUUAGUAUUUAAGGUUUAUGGAACCCUCAAGGCGUCGAGGAAUCCGUCGGACUAUGAGAGAGACAGGAGACAUUGGAUCGUUUUCGACACUGUCCAUAACCUAAGAGUCGAAGGCGGCGGCCGCAUCGACGGUAACGGCAAAAUUUGGUGGCAGAAAUCUUGCAAAAUCAACCCUUCACUUCCGUGCAAGGAAGCCCCAACGGCUGUUACAUUUACGGCGUGCAAGAAUUUGAUGGUGAGACAAAUAAGGUUACAGAACGCGCAGCAAAUGCACAUUUCGUUUCAAGAUUGCGAGAACGUAAAGGCUGUCGGACUUUCGGUCGCAUCUCCGGGGAACAGUCCAAACACCGACGGAAUUCACGUCUCCGGCACCAAAAACAUCCUCAUCUCCGAUUCCGUCGUCCGUACCGGUGACGACUGCAUAUCGAUAGUGAGUGGGUCGGAAAAUGUGAGGGCGACGGGUAUAACUUGCGGUCCGGGUCAUGGAAUCAGCAUUGGGAGUUUGGGAAAAGGGAACUCGGAAGCUUACGUGUCAAACGUCGUAGUCAACAAAGCGACCAUUAUAGGAGCCACUAAUGGUGUCCGAAUCAAGACUUGGCAGGGGGGCCGAGGGUAUGCGAAGAACAUCGUGUUUCAGGAUGUCGUAAUGAAAAACGUCACCAAUCCGAUAAUCAUCGAUCAAAAUUAUUGUGAUCGAGACGGCUCAUGCCCCGAGCAGACAUCGGCGGUUCAAGUGAGCAAUGUGGUGUACAGAAACAUACAAGGGACAAGUUCUACCCCCACGGCUGUGAAAUUCGAUUGCAGUAAGAGCAUUCCUUGCAGGGGUGUUUCCAUGCAAAAUGUUAAAUUGAGGGGCCAAAGUGAAGAAAUCUCAAAAGCUUCGUGCUCAAAUGUCAAUUUGAACACUCGAGGAGAAGUCUUUCCUAGUUGCACUUAGAAUCCAAUAUCCACAAGAUUUAUUAUAUAUCCCUUUCACCUUUUUUUUUUUAAUUUUAAAAAAUUAUAUGGCAGUUAAUUAGUACUUUGUAUAUAUGCAAUAUCGAUACGUAGUUCUCAAGUUUUAGUAAUUAUGAUGUGUUUUAUGGAGUUUCGGUUUAGAGAAAUCGUGUAAUCAAGUUCUUCGAUAUUAGGAGGAAAGGAAAAAAAAAAGUAUGAAGGAUUAUUUUUUCAUGCUUUGUUGGGAAAAAAAAAAGAUACAGGGUUUAAGGUUUUAGGGUUUGUA